AUGUUUGCCUUUCGACUCAGUAACAGCUUCACAACUUCAAUAUGCCCUUCACAGGCGGCAAUAUGUAGAGCAGUCCGCCCGUCCAGAUCAAUACUAUUGACAUCGGCGCCUUCAUUCAGCAAGUCCUCCACUCCCUUGACAUCUCCCUUGCAAGACAUGAACAGAAGUUGCAUCGUGAAGUCCAGAUUCUCGGGGACUGUCAGCUCUUCCCUGACGGAGCUCCUAUGA